AUGAUACGCGCAACGGAAGAGGUACAGCAACACGCCGCUGGGUGGAGAUCGCAGUUGUACCAUACUGGUGGCAACUGUGGUGACAUUCCGCUGCAUUCAACGACGUCGUUGGUGGAAAUUACCCCUAGGGCAAACGACGUCGCUAUUGAUGAUGCGCGCAGCAGAAGAGAAAUGUCCCAGGCUGAUGUCUUCUACAGCUGUGGGUCUUGUGGAUAUCCUCUCAACUUAGCAUCUUCCAAUCGUGCAACUUCUAGCAUUGGAUCCAAAUAUAGCAAAUCUAUUAAGAAAGGAUACAUCUCCUUUCUCUCCAUUGAUCUCAGUCGAUUUACACAAGUUGAUGAAGUGAACUGUCUUCCUAUAUCUUGGGGCCACUGUGGUUUGAAAUCUAAACUCCUUUGCCGCAAGUGUGGAGUUCUCAUAGGCUUUGGUUAUGCAGACUCAACUGCUUUUUGUGGUUUUGAUUCGCCUACCUCAUCUAGCUCAUCCUAUAAGAAGAUCAUGAUAAAGAUUCGAGCCUUACAACCUUCUGAAGACUCUGAAAAUGGAGCGCUUGACUCUAAUUUGGACCGAGAAUCAUUUGGCUUAACUUGCCCUCGUUGGCUUCAUAUUCAAAAUUCAAGCCGUCGGUCUUUACAGUUUCAAUGCGCAUUUACCCAACUAAGCAUUGCCUCUCUAUCUCAGCCUUCUACCGAAAUUACCCCAUUUCAUCUACAUAGGUUGUUGAACCGUUUCCAACAACUACAUUCAUUGUCCUUGUCUGGAUGCACCGAUCUCUCCGACUCAGGGUUAUCUCUAUUGGCACGUUAUGGCUCAAAUUUGCAAAGUCUGCAUCUAGAUUGUUGUUUUGGGAUCACUGAUCAUGGACUAUUCUUUGUUGCAAGUGGUUGUACUUCACUAACAAUUCUAAGUCUUUAUAGGUGCAACGUUACUGAUAUUGGACUGGAGACAUUGUCAAAAUAUUGUUUUGGUCUAAAAGAUGUGAAUCUUUCGUAUUGUGGGCUUAUCUCCGAUCAUGGUAUAAGAGCUCUUUCUCAAAAAUGCACUCAGCUCAGGGCUGUCAAUAUAUCACAUUGUAGAAGUGUCAAUGGCAUUGGCUUUCUAGGAUGUCCUCAGACCCUGACUUAUUUAGAAGCGGAAUCGUGUAAGCUUGAGCCCGAAGGAAUAAUGGGUAUUGUUAGUGGAGGUGGACUCGAGUACUUGAGUGUGUCUAACCUAAUCUGGUGCAUUCAAGGAGAUGGGUUGUUAUCAAUUGGUGCUGGAUUUUCCGCCAAUCUUAGAGUGCUCAAUUUUCGGUUAUGUAGAACUACUGGAGAUGAGACCAUUGUGGCAAUUUCGAAGGGGUGUCCAUUGCUCGAGGAGUGGAACUUGGCAUUAUGCCAUGAAAUUCGGGUGGCCGGGUGGGAAUCUAUUGGUUUAAACUGUCAAAACUUGAAAAGGCUUCAUGUGAAUGGUUGUCGGAAUCUAUGUGAUCGAGGAUUUCAAGCUUUGAGGGAUGGCUGCAAACGACUCAAAAUUUUGUACUUCACUCGGUGUCGUCUGGUCAGUUCAACAGCCAUAGAGAUUUUCAAAUGCUUAAGAAGUGAUGUGAAGAUCAUUGAAGAAGAAAUAAUGUGUAUUGCACCCGAUUGGGCCUUUCGAUUAUAG